GACCGAAACCGUGGCAACAGUGAAGUUCAGACGUUCUAAGCGAGCGCAUCGAGGUGACAGUUAAAAGCGAUAUUCCAAACCGAUUUUAUAAAGUAUAAUCAAUCUUUACGUGCUCAAGACAAGAAGAAAUAAAUCAAGGAGAAAAUGUCUCUGGUACCGUUGCUGUUUUCUGACUGGUGGGAAGACCUGGACAGGCCGCACCGGAUUUUCGAUCAGGACUUCGGCUUAGGUUUACACCCGGAGCAAUUAUUGAACCCGAACAUCCUCGACCAUUACAUCAUGCCUAGCCGGGACAGAAGAAUGAUGAGAAGUCCUCUGUUCUACUGGCGACCUUGGGGAGAACUCCUGCGAAACGCCGAAGGAGGAGGCACGUCCACCGUCAAAGCGGAUAAGGACAAGUUCCAAGUGGUCCUGGACGUGCAACAAUUCAAACCCGACGAGAUCAACGUCAAAGUCGUAGACAAAUGUGUGAUCGUCGAGGGCAAGCACGAAGAGAAGAAGGACGAGCACGGAUGGAUCUCCAGACAGUUUACGAGGAAAUAUUUAAUUCCUGAACAGUGCGACAUCGACCAGGUAACGUCGACGAUAUCGUCCGACGGAGUACUUAGCAUCACCGCACCCAGAAAGGAGCAACCAAAGAGCGAAGGCGAGAGGUCCAUUAAGAUCGAACAGACCGGGAAGCCGGCAUUAAAGGAGGCUGCCGAGGGAAAGAAAAAGGAGGAGGAGGAGAAGAAAGAAGAGAAGAAGUAAAUAAGAGGCUUGAAUUUUUAGUCUUUAAGAUUGUUCAUACAUACGCCAAGUUUUCUGUUCCUACUUCUUAUCGUUUCAUACAUUUCGAAAAUGUCAGUCACUUUCUUCGUGUAACUUGUUUCUUUUGUAACAUAGUUUAAGUAUACAAUUUUUUUUAAAUAAACCUGUUACCUACAAUUUAA